GCACAUCUCAGGCUCACUUCAUGACACUCCUCCUACCAAUCAACCUCUUAGGCCUGUUACCAUGCACAUUUACCCCAACCACCCUACUGCCCAUAAACCCAGCCUUAGCCUUCCCCCGACUUGCCACACUCCUCACAGGCCUGCAACACCAACCUUCUGCCUCCCUAGCCUUCAGACCCCCGACUGGCCACCCAACACCACUGCUCCCAGCCCUCAUCCUGACCAAAAUAACAAGCCUGCUCAUUUGCCCUCUAGCCCUGGUGUAG